AUAAAAAGUCGUCUACUUUCGACAAUACCUGCUACUCUCAAGAUACCCCGUCUCAGCAGCAUGGCUCCAUUGGUAUCCUUCAUCCAGCUACUCAGAGCAACUCGCUCGAGAGCGCCCGUGUUCAGCCGCCGGGGAGUGUCCACUUUCAGAAGGCAUCCUGCUAUUCGCACUCUGUCUCCGGGGCUUGCCGUCGGUGCUGGUGUGGCCCUCAUUGUCCCAACGUAUAUCUACUACAACACCGCUCUUCUUGAGUCCCACACCCACGUCGUUGGCGCAGCUGUGCCAGACAAGCCCCAUGGUCUUGAGGCAGAACAGGGAAAAGUGAAAAAGAUCAGCAUCAAGGAUGUGCUGGAGCACAAGGAGGGCGAGAGAAUAUGGGUUGUGAUCCGUGGAGAGGUCUACGACAUGACAGAGUUCCUGGAAGAUCAUCCGGGUGGAGACGAGAUCAUAAGCUCAAAUCGCUCCAAAGAUGUCACCCCAUUGUUCAACCCCCGUCAUCCCACAAACCAACUGGAACCGGAGAAUCUUCCUCCAACCGUCCAGCAUCUCGGCACUCUGGAUACCGCUUCUGCUUCGGAUGAGGAGAAGGAAGAGCUGAGGCUGAAGGUGUCGAAGGAUGAAGAAGAUGAGAAAGAAAGGAUAGAGAGACUGAGAGAGGAGAUUGAAGAAAAUGGGCUUGGAAGGAUUGUCAACAUGAGAGACUUUGAGAAGCUGGCAGAACAGAUGGUGUCCAAGGUUGGAUGGGCCUACUAUUCUUCAGCCGGUGACGACGAACUCACUAUGCGCAAUAACAACGAUGUCUACAAGAACAUCCGUUUCCGACCCAGAGUCCUCAGAAAUGUCGCAGAGUGUGAUGCGUCCACCACCAUCUUGGGCUACGACAGUGCUCUGCCUAUCAUGAUCUCCCCUGCCGCAAUGGCGAAGCUCGGACACCCGUUAGGCGAAGUCAACAUGACCAGGGGCGCUGGUAAUACCGGCCUCAUUCAAUGUAUCUCAUCAUUCGCCUCUUGCUCUAUUGAAGAGAUCACGGAUGCCCGUAAACAGGGCCAGCCGCUCUUCUUCCAGCUCUACGUUAACGCCAAACGCGACCUCGCUGCGGCAGUCAUUGAAAAAGUCAACCGCCUCGGACUCAAUGCUAUCCUCCUGACUGUCGAUGCUGCCGUGGGUGGGAAGCGAGAAAGAGAUAUCCGGUUGAAGGGCGCAUUCGAGCCGCCCAAGACUGGCGCCUAUGAAGAGCACAAGGAUACGAAGGGCGUCAGUGAGGCAAUGUUUGCGGGAGUGGAUCCGAGGUUGAAUUGGGACGAUAUCAAGUGGAUCCGGUCGCAGACAAAACUGCCAUUGUUGAUCAAGGGUAUCCAAACUGUCGAGGACGCAGUGCUUGCUUACAACCAUGGGUGUGACGGGGUCGUCUUGUCCAACCAUGGUGGUCGCCAACUCGACACGACCUCAACAGGCCUCGAAACCCUCCUUGAAAUCCGCAAAUACGCCCCCCAACUUCUCCGCCCGCAAUUCCGAGGUCCCACUGGUGUUCAACAAGCCGCCCUGGAACAUCCCGAAAACUUGACGCCCCCGGAUCCCAUAGAGAAGGAAGAGCGCAAAUUCGAGAUCUGGGUGGAUGGUGGUAUAUGGAGAGGGAGUGAUGCUGUGAAAGCGCUCUGUUUGGGGGCGAAUGCGGUGGGUUCGGGUAGAGGGUUCUUGUAUGCCAAUGCCGUUGGCGGGCAGCAGGGUGUCGAACAUGCUGUGAACAUCUUCUCUGCCGAGAUCUUGUUGACUAUGAGGCUUCUGGGAGCAACAAAAGUGUCCGAUCUGAGACCCAGUAUGGUCCACAUCAAGGAAUAGAUGGCUCAGACAUGCAUAUAAUAUCGUUACAUAUCCUCACAAA